AUGACUCUUGGUGAGAAAGAUCCAAACAAGAUAAACAAAACCAUCUUGCUUGUGGGUGAAACAGGAGCAGGAAAAUCUACUCUGAUCAAUGCUUUGGUCAACUACGCCAUGGGAGUGAAGUGGGAGGACAGUGUCUGGUUUCAGAUCGUAGAGGACGAGAGGAAAAGUCAGUGUGAAAGUCAGACAUCAGAUGUGAUCGUGUACGAGAUCUUUGGUUUUGAAGAUAAAACUCUGCCCUACUCUCUGACCAUCAUUGACACUCCUGGAUAUGGGAGCACUACUGGGAUCGAGCAUGAUGCCAUCGUCUGUCAAAGAUUAUUUGACUUGUUCCGAUUAGACAAUGGCAUCCAUGAGAUCAAUGCAGUGGGUCUGGUGAUGAAAGCAACUGAUAAUCGACUGAGUGAUCGACUGAGGUACAUCUUUGAUUCAGUCAUGUCUCUGUUUGGAAAAAACAUGGAGAAGAAGAUUGUCAUCCUCAUCACACACUCAGAUGGUCUGACUCCUGAAAAUGUUCUGCAAGCUCUAAAAGAUGCAAAAAUCAAAUGUGCUAAAGAUGAAGAGAAUCAGCCUCUUCAUUUUAUGUUCAAUAAUCGCCAGAGCACAGAGAGAACAAGAAGAAAUAAGUUUGCUUUAAAGAGUGUGUGGGAUGUAACAAUGGAAGGAAUGAGUCAAUUCACUGAUUUCCUGAAAAACACUGAACCUCAAAACCCGGAGAAAACCAUCGAAGUGUUGAGGGCACAAAUCAGACUGACAGCCUGCAUCCAAAACCUGCAGGAAAGGAUCGUGCUGACUGAACUAAAACAGAGAGAAAUCCAUCAGACUCAGGAAGCUCUGAAGAACAAGGAGUUCACUGUGGAAGUUGAUGAGCCUUACAAAGAAAAAGAACCUAUCCAUUGUGGGAUGUGGGGGUUGUUCUUUCAAGGAGCUGUCUGCUGUAAAAAGUGUGAGGAGAACUGUCACUAUCCUGGAUGCACAAUGGCCUGGAAACCAGGACACUGUGAGGUCAUAAAAGGUGGCCGCUGCACUUCAUGUACCGGGAAGUGUCCUGUAUCAGAUCAUGUGAAAGAAAACUGGAUUUAUGUGACCAAGACAAAGAGAGUUAAAAAGACUCUACAUGUGAAUGAGACAGGCAGUGAGGAGAAGUCAAGUCUUUUGGAAGAUCUAAAAAAGAAAAUGGAAGAACUUCAGAGAGAAACAGAUCAGUUCCUGGAAGAGUCCUUCAAUCAUAUCAUCAAACUGGAGCAGAAUGCCCUGAAAGUGAAUGCAGUGUCCACUCAUGUCGACUUGGACCUCCUGAUUGAGAAGAUGAAGGAGAAAGGAGACACAGAGAAGGUCCAGAAACUGGAAGAGAUUAAAAGACGAAUGGAUGAAGAUGAAGGAACCAGAUCAGUGAGGCGCUACAUGUCUACAGCAGGUAAAGUAUUGACAGAAGUGAUGAAGUAG